GCCGAGGCCGUGAUAUCCCUCCGCCGCUCGGUGUGCGCGCGCGCACCGCUCCACCCGCGCGGCCUUUUUUCUCCCUCCGCCGCUUCCACCGGCAGCUCCUGAUCCCCCCCUUCCCCAACCCACCCCAUCGCUUCCCCUUCCUCCCUUCCCUCCUCCUCCUCCUCUGGCCGCCAUGGAGCUCAUCACGAUCUUAGAGAAGACGGUGUCGCCGGACCGCUCGGAGCUGGAAGCGGCUCAGAAGUUCUUGGAGCAGGCGGCGAUCGAGAACCUGCCAACCUUCCUGGUGGAACUGUCCAGAGUGCUGGCCAACCCCGGGAACAGCCAGGUAGCGCGAGUGGCAGCCGGCCUGCAGAUCAAGAACUCUCUCACCUCUAAAGACCCCGACAUCAAGGCUCAAUACCAGCAGCGAUGGCUCGCCAUCGACGCCAACGCCCGCAGGGAGGUCAAGAACUACGUCCUGCAGACAUUGGGCACAGAGACGUAUCGGCCCAGCUCUGCCUCUCAGUGCGUGGCCGGCAUCGCCUGCGCCGAGAUCCCAAUGAACCAAUGGCCUGAGCUCAUCCCCCAGCUGGUGGCCAACGUCACCAACCAGCACAGCACUGAGCACAUGAAGGAGUCCACGCUGGAGGCCAUCGGGUACAUCUGCCAGGAUAUUGACCCAGAGCAACUUCAAGACAAAUCCAACGAGAUCCUGACAGCCAUCAUCCAGGGAAUGAGAAAGGAAGAGCCCAGCAACAAUGUGAAGCUUGCAGCUACGAACGCACUCCUGAACUCUUUGGAAUUCACCAAAGCAAACUUCGACAAAGAGUCUGAAAGGCACUUUAUUAUGCAAGUAGUCUGUGAAGCAACGCAGUGUCCAGAUACGAGGGUACGAGUGGCUGCAUUACAGAACCUGGUGAAGAUCAUGUCCCUUUAUUAUCAGUAUAUGGAGACGUAUAUGGGUCCUGCACUUUUUGCUAUAACUAUUGAAGCGAUGAAAAGUGACAUAGAUGAGGUGGCUCUACAGGGAAUCGAGUUCUGGUCAAACGUGUGUGAUGAGGAGAUGGAUCUGGCUAUAGAGGCAUCAGAGGCAGCAGAACAGGGGAAACCUCCGGAGCACACGAGCAAAUUUUAUGCUAAGGGAGCAUUGCAGUAUUUGGUCCCAAUUCUAACACAGACGUUAACAAAACAGGAUGAAAACGAUGACGAUGACGACUGGAACCCCUGUAAAGCAGCAGGUGUCUGCCUCAUGCUGCUGGCAACCUGCUGUGAAGAUGACAUUGUUCCUCAUGUGCUGCCCUUCAUUAAAGAACACAUCAAAAACCCAGACUGGCGAUACAGAGAUGCAGCUGUGAUGGCUUUUGGGUGCAUUUUGGAAGGACCAGAGCCUAACCAGCUCAAACCACUAGUUAUACAGGCAAUGCCGACUUUAAUAGAGCUGAUGAAGGAUCCCAGUGUUGUGGUUCGAGACACAGCAGCCUGGACCGUGGGCAGGAUCUGUGAGAUGCUCCCUGAGGCAGCCAUCAAUGACAUUUACCUCGCCCCACUGCUGCAGUGUCUGAUUGAGGGCCUGAGCGCUGAGCCCCGGGUGGCCUCCAACGUGUGCUGGGCCUUCACUAGUCUUGCUGAAGCUGCCUAUGAAGCUGCAGAUGUAGCUGAUGAUCAGGAAGAACCAGCAACCUACUGCUUAUCCUCUUCAUUUGAGCUAAUAGUUCAGAAACUUCUGGAGACCACAGAUAGGCCUGAUGGACACCAGAAUAACUUGAGGAGCUCUGCAUACGAAGCUCUGAUGGAAAUAGUGAAGAACAGUGCCAAGGACUGUUACCCUGCUGUCCAAAAGACAACGUUGGUCAUCAUGGAGCGGCUUCAACAAGUGCUGCAGAUGGAGUCUCACAUCCAAAGCACUUCAGACAGAAUCCAGUUCAAUGAUCUUCAGUCUCUUCUCUGCGCUACUCUCCAGAACGUCCUGCGGAAGGUGCAGCACCAGGAUGCCCUGCAGAUCUCAGACGUGGUGAUGGCAUCUCUGCUGAGGAUGUUCCAGAGCACGGCGGGUUCAGGGGGUGUGCAGGAGGACGCCUUGAUGGCAGUCAGCACCCUGGUGGAAGUCUUAGGUGGAGAGUUCCUGAAGUACAUGGAUGCCUUCAAACCGUUCCUUGGCAUUGGACUGAAGAACUAUGCUGAAUACCAGGUCUGUCUGGCUGCAGUGGGCCUGGUUGGUGACUUAUGCAGAGCCCUGCAAUCCAACAUCUUGCCUUUCUGUGACGAGGUUAUGCAGCUGCUCUUGGAGAACUUGGGGAAUGAAAAUGUUCAUAGGUCUGUGAAGCCACAGAUUCUCUCUGUGUUUGGAGAUAUCGCCCUUGCUAUUGGAGGGGAAUUCAAGAAGUACCUGGAUGUUGUACUGAAUACCCUCCAGCAGGCUUCCCAAGCACAGGUUGAUAAGUCGGACUAUGACAUGGUGGAUUACCUGAAUGAGCUGAGGGAGGGUUGCCUGGAAGCUUACACAGGAAUCAUUCAGGGAUUGAAGGGAGACCAAGAAAACGUGCACCCGGACGUGAUGCUGGUGCAGCCCAGAGUAGAAUUUAUUCUGUCUUACAUUGACCACAUUGCUGGAGAUGAGGAUCAUACGGACGUAGUAGUGGCGUGUUCUGCUGGACUGAUAGGGGAUUUGUGUACAGCGUUUGGCAAAGACGUACUGAAAUUAGUAGAAGCUAGACCCAUGAUACAUGAACUGCUAACUGAAGGAAGAAGAUCCAAGACGAACAAAACGAAAACCCUUGCUACCUGGGCGACUAAAGAGCUGAGAAAACUGAAGAAUCAAGCUUGAUCUGUUACCAUUGGGAUGACACCUGAGACCCCCCGCUGGAAAUCUCCAAUCUUUUGAGAAAAAACAAAAAGAAAAAGGAAAAAAACAAACAAACAAACAAAAAAAACCCAACAAAACAAAACCAACAACCCGGAAGUAAGGAGUGUGCACGGAUGCUGAAUGUUUGGGAAUGAGAGGAUGAUGAGUGAGUGAGGCUUGAAACCACACCACAUCGAAAACCCCACCACGGCAACAACAGCAGCAGCGCUGUUAGCGAGCUGAGCACUGACUUGAGCGUCGAAAGCCUUUUUUUGGCCUCCUUGUGGUCGUCUUCUUGGAGUAGUGAGAGCACCGGGCUCUGCUUGGCAAUGGGCAGCCCCUUCCGACAGCGUGGGGUCGGCAUCCCUGGGCUGCUCAGCAGAGAGGGAGAGAUGGGAGCCGACCUCCAUCCGCCCGCGGUAACUUGGGCCCACGCGAUGCUGUCGGUGCACGGGAUGUGAGAGGAGAGAGAGAGAGAGAAAGGGGUGAAGGAUUUCUUUUGGGUCUAAAGAGUGAGUGUGUGUGAAUGAGGCGGUUUCUCCACAUUCGAGUCCAUUGCAGUUGGAUCUUUUUUUUUUCUUUUCCCACGAGCAAACAUGGGGUUCGCUGUUGCAUUUCAUAAACUAACCGAAGUUUUUGUUUUUCUUUCAGUCUACUGAUGCAGCG